AUGCAUCUGCCAAACUCUCGCAAAGUGCACGAGAAAGUACGAGAUAUGGCAUUAGCUUGCCAGAAAAAUUCUUACUUGAAAGAACUUAACACUGUUGUGAAAUCAUGUGAACCAGCUACAUUGAAGACUGUGCUUAGCGGCAAGAAGGUGAAACUCAAUGGCUUUGAAGUUAUUCUUGAAGACACUGUACUUUUCCCCGAAGGAGGAGGUCAGCCUGAUGAUAGAGGGAAAAUCAGUGGUGUGGAGGUCCUGAGAGUGACAAGAAAAGGCACUGAUGGGGUUCAUUUCACCCCAACACCAUUUGACAUAGGUUCCAAUGUGCACCUGGAAGUAGACUGGACAAGGCGCUUUGACAACAUGCAGCAACAUUCAGGUCAACAUCUUGUGACAGCUAUAGCAGAUUCAGUAUAUGGCUUCAAGACUACAUCCUGGAAUCUUGGAGAGAAGACAUCAUUUAUUGAACUUGAUACACCUAAGGUAUCAAAUGACCAGCUGGAAAACAUAGAGAAUAUUGUGAAUGAGAAGAUUAGGGCUGGUAUUGCAAUGUAUCCUACCCUAUAUGAGAAUGCUGAAGAUCCUGAAGUUGAAAAGGCCAGGGCUAGAGGUUUACCUGAUGACCAUGUGGGUCCUGUACGUAUUGUCACCAUAGAAGGCAUAGAAGCAAACCUGUGUUGUGGUACCCAUGUGUCCAAUUUAAGUCAUUUGCAGAGUAUAAAACUUCUUGGUGUAGAAAAAGGCAAGAAGAAUCACAGUAACUUGGUUUUUGUUGCUGGAAAUCGUGUGCUAAACUAUCUGGGUACUGCUUAUAAUAAUGAAAAGGCUCUCACUGGCUUGCUGAAGACUGGUCCUGAUCAGCAUGCUGAAUUGGUUGAAAAAACUCAGAAGAAUUUAAAAAUUGCUCAAAAAAGUGCAUUGACAUUGAUGAGAGAUUUAGCCAUCUUGGAAGCAAAAAUGUUUAAAUCCAAUGGCAAUGCUGGAAACUACUUCACCUUACAUAGGAAAGAAGGAGAUAGUGAAUUCAUGAAUAUCAUUGUAAAUGAGAUAAACUCAGGGGAUGUGCUUAUAUUUCUAACUACUGGCGAUGAGAAAGGAGCUGGACUUUUUCUCCUGGCUGGUACAGAGGACCAAAUAUCUCAUUUAGGACCAAAGGUAGCUGAAGUGCUAGAAGGAAAGGGAGCUGGGAAAAAGGGAAAAUUUCAAGGAAAAGCAAAUAAACUGAAUAAAAGGACUGAAGCAGAAAUUAUAAUAAAGGACUAUUUAAAAAAUUGUGGAAUAAAUACUUAGCGGUAGCAGUGGAAUGUUGAUUAAACAUUUAAAACUGUCUCAACCUUUUGAAAUGUAUUUGUAAUUUACUUUGAUGAUAAAAUAAUUAAAAUAUG